AUGAAACAUCUCUUUUAUGAUUUUAAUUUCCAAAUUCUAGUCUUAUAUACCAGUCCUGACAAAUGCCUCAGAGUACAAUGCAAACUUCUAAUACUUGAUCCAAAUUCAAUACCACCUGAUGUGACUAGAAAUAUUAGUACAGUUGGUCGACGACCUGGACCUCCACCACCAGCACCUGAACGUAGAGAUAGUGUUCCACAAAAACCUGUAGAAAAAAUCAAUCAAAUUUCUGCAAUUGAAUCCACAUCUUUGUCUACACAAAUUCAAUCAGAAAAAACGUCAUUACCAACAUCACUACUGUUAAGAGAUCAAUCGGAUUCACAAGGUGAAGAAGAAGAAGAAGAAGUUUCCGAAUCACUUCACAAUUCACAACAAUCACAUCCUUUAGCUAUGGGAAUUAUCACUGGACCGAGUGGACUACAUUUUGCUUCAUCUAUAAAUUUAACAACACGUGGACGAAGUGCAUUAAGUAUGGCUAAUCUAUGCAUUGACAGAGAUGGUUCAGAUCUUGAUAAAGCAAGUGAUAUUGAACAAAAUGGUCUAAGUGCAUUACGUCGAUCACAUCUACUUACAUCUGUGAGUGCUUAUGCAUCAGAUGCAGAUAAUACAGAAGAUGAUCAUCAUUCUAUAUGCAGUCAACGAAGUAGUACUGCACGUUCUAUGUCAACUAUAUGUCGUCAUGGUCAUAGACAACAUCAUCAUCAUUAUCGUCAUGUUCAUAAUCAUAAUAAUCGUCAUCAUCAGCAUCAUCAUCAAAAUCGUGCUCGUUGUCUUUCAGCAAUAGAUCCUUACAUUAUUUAUAAUCAAAAUGGUGAUGAGUUAAACAAUCAAAAUUCAAUCACAAAUCAUAAACAAGAUUCUUGUCAAGCAGAUAAUCAAAUCAAUGAUCAUGGUACACAUUGGAAAUCACAAACAUUUCGUCGUCUUUCAGCUGUUGCAAAACAUCAAGCUAAAUUUUCCAGUAAUGAUCAACAAGAUAGUUUAGAAUUUCUUCUGUUCUUACUGGACGGUCUGCAUGAAGAUCUUAAUGAAGCUCGUUCAGAAAAGAAAAACAAUUCAGCGAAGCUUAAAUACAACGAAUCACUGAUCGAAUAUAAUUCUAGUUAUGAACAAGCAGCAGCUGUGUGGAUUCAACAUAAAGAUCUCAAUAAUUCAAUCAUAGUCUCUUCAUUUCAAGGACUUCUUCGUUCCACUGUGAAAUGUAAUAGUUGUCAUGCAACUUCUACAACAUUUGAUGUCCUUAUGGUAUUAUCCUUGCCAAUUGAACAAAUUAAUAAAUGUCAAUUAACAGAUUGUAUUAAAUUAUUUCUUGAAAAAGAAGAAAUGGUCGGUCAAUGUCGUUGGCAUUGUCCAACAUGUAAUCUGAGACGUGAUGCUUCUAAAUGGAUAGAAUUAUGGAAAUUACCAACUUAUUUAAUAAUACACUUGAAAAGAUUUCGAUAUGAACAUGGUACUUGGAGAAAACAAACAACCAAUGUAGACUUUCCUAUUGAAAGUUUAGAUAUGAGUUCAUUUAUUGUUGGUCCAAAAUUGCAUUCCAGUGAAUAUGCUUUAUUUUCUGUUUUGAAUCAUCGUGGUACAAUGGAAAGUGGUCAUUAUACAACAUUUUGUCGUAAUAUUCGUGAUGGUCAAUGGUAUGAAUAUGAUGAUGAAAAUGUAUCAUUAUUGAAUAGGAAUGAAAUACAAAAUGAUAAUGCUUACAUAUUAUUCUAUGAGUUACUACCUCGUGUUGGUGUAUUUUUUGAAAAUACACAUGAUACGGUUCAAUGAUUUUCUUUGAUUUGCUUUGUUAUUAUUUAUUUAUAAUAUACAUAUAUAUAUAUAUAUAUAUUUCUUCAGUAAAUAUGACGACAAGUUAUCACACUAAUUUUUUUUUUUUGGUUUCAACAUGCAGAUGUAUAUUUACGUAUUUUUUACAACUAAUAUUUAAUAAAAGAUCAAUUUAUAUAUUGUCUUCUGAAAAU